AAACGGAUCCACUGGAAAUUGCUCGCAAGGAGCUAAAACAUCGACGUAUUCCAAUCAUUGUUCGACGAUACCUACCAGAUGGCUCAUUUGAAGAUUGGUCCGUCGAUCAGCUGCAUGUGACCGACUGGUGA